AUGUCCUUCAGCUCCAGCAGCCCUAGCUUGCCUCUUCGACAGAGAGUUCCGCUUACACCAGCAAAGCCUUCUUCUCUCGUGGACGACCCGAUCUUCAACCUCCUGUACGCCGGCAAUGAGACCACGCUGAGACACUUCCUAGUAGACUGCCACCCCCUCACUCGGAACGAUAAUCUUGCCAAUGUCUACCGAUACGUCAAAGCCAGAGGAGAGCCUGGUCCACGAGUCCAAUACGAUCACCUCCCAUACUCUCUCAGCGCCAUGCGGAACUUCUUGCUGGGUUCUUCCCAAGGCAAGCAGCUGCUCUCAUUCUUCAAAGGCGUGCUCCAAACCCAGGGCGGCUACAUCGUGACCACGGCCGAAAUGGUUGCUUUCGACAUCUUCGUCAAGAUGACCGAGGCUCUUUUCAUCCACUGCAACGACCGUCAACUCCGCGAGCAUGUCAUCAGCAUCGUUCCAGAAGCCCAGUACACCAUGCCGACUUACACGGGCCAUGAACGCCAGUUCUUCAACAUGUACGCCGCUACCAUGCGACAGCAACUCUGCGACGCCAACGCCGCUGCGACCAGAAAUCUCCUCGAACUCAAAAAUUCCAGAGAAUUCGCCAGGAGGCACCGCCAGCUUCUCAAGGCCAACGAGCUUCAUGAAUCCAAACUCUCAGAAAUCCGCCGGCGAGCCGCGAAGCGCAAGGCCGAACACAAGGCGCGGGCCCAGCGUGCUCGAGCUCGCAAUGACGCCGCACUGAAUCGUCAGAUGGGCAUGGCUGGCUUGACCUCGCAUACACCACAUGUCGAAAGAUCCGUCGUCGAGUACGUCCAGGACACCACCGGCGAGUUGUUCCCACGCUUUGACGACGGGGAAGCCAACAGUGAAGAACUCUUGGUAUGUAAAUGA